AUGGCUCCGAAUCGCCUUACUUUACAAAACUUGGAGAAGAAACCCACUAAAAGCUUCAAAGAAUAUGCUCAAAGAUGGAGGAACAUGGCUUCUCAAGUUCAGCCACCAUUGACUGAGAAAGAGACCACAGUGAUGUUCGUUAACACCUUGCGAGCCCCUUACUAUAAACGGUUGAUCGGUAGUGCCACAAAGAACUUCGCUGAUAUGGUGAUUUCAAGAGAAAUGAUAGAGACUGCCAUCAAGCAAGGGAAGAUAGAAGGAGGUGAUGUGGCACACAUGAAAAAAGGGAGAACUUUUAAGAAAAAGGAAAGAGAAGCCCAAGCCAUCACUUUGGGACAACCCCAAGGAGGAAGCUACAACCCUUAUCAACCAUAUCCACCAUACCCCUAUGUGAAUAACGCUUCACAAAGCCCAUACCUAUAUCCACCCAUGCCAAAUGCCUUUUCUAACCUGUACCCAUAUGCUCCCAUCCAACGGAUACCUUACCCCAAAAAUAUCCACCCACCUACUUCCACACCCGUUACAGCUUCAACCACACAACAAACAACACCUUCAAACAACCAUACUGCCGGUGAAUCAAGACGAUGGCGAAACAAGCACGAAAAAGUGCAGUUUGACCCAAUCCCAAUCCCAUAUGCUGAACUCUUCACUCAGUUAGUUGCAAACCAUUUGGUGGCACCUUUAUACAUAGAGCCAUUAAAACCUCCAUUCCCGAGAUGGUAUGACGCUUUCGCCCAUUGUGAUUAUCAUUAUGGAAUCAAAGGUCACUCAAUCGAGAAUUGUACAGCAUUCAAAUAUAAGGUGCAAGGGUUGAUCAAGGUAGGAAUCUUGAAUUUUGAAAAGAAGCCAAAACAGAAUGUUAACAACAACCCACUGCCAAAUCAUGCUGGGGAAGGGGUAAAUGCAAUCGAAGGGGAGGUGUAUGUUAAAAGGAAUAGUCGAGAAGUGGAAACCCCCAUGGAUAAAGUAUUUAAAGCCUUGGUAAAGACCGAUAUGCUCGAGGUUUGGCCAAAAUGUCCUCAUGUGAAUGACUCGAGAGAUAUCCAAGGACCAUACUGCUUAUAUCACAAGGGAUGUAUGGGGCAUUUAAUUCAAGAUUGUAGUUCUUUUCAGAAGAAAGUGCAAAGGAUGAUGGACGAAUCAAGGAUUGAAUUCUACAUGGAAGCCUCAAGGCCAGCAGUAAACAUGAUGGCCAAAGAUUCCACUCACCCAACGAAGAUAAAACCUGUAACCAUUUUCUAUGAACCAAGAACAGAGUCUGUGGAAGACAGAACCCAUGCCAAAACAACCAUCGAAGUCCCUAAACCUUUCCCCUACAAAAAUGAUAAAGUUGUCCCAUGGAACUACAAUUGCAAUGUAUAA